AUGGACAAAGAGGGAGUGGCCUUGGUGCCCUAUAAAAAUGGAUUUGUCAACGGAAUCAUCCGCGCUUUCCAACAAGACCUUCAUCUCGUGCUACGAGCCGACGACAUGUGGCUCGCAAUCAUGACCCAGUUUAGCUCUUACGUGAACGGACAUUCUGAAGAGAUGAGGGAAAUGUUUGUCUCUCACAAAGGCAAGAAGGAACUUGUUGUUGAUGUGCGGCCCCAAAGCAUCGCAACUAUAGACUUUCAACAUAUGGCAUCACUUUUCGCCGGCUUGAUUCAAGAGAAUGUGGUUGAUCCCGGUCUCAAACAAUGGAUGUUGCCAGACUUUUCUACGACAACUGCUGGUGAUGUUGGAGUGGCCGCAAUGGUCAUGAUGGCAACUAUGCAAGCGUACUUUGAGUAUAAUUUAAGAGGAGGCUGUGGGUUUCCAAGCGUAACGCUGCUUGGCGAGAGAGCAGACUGGGUGCAUCUUGUCCAAAAAGUAGAGAAGCUGGCCACAUAUGGCGGGGAACUCGCAGCGUGGAGUCAGCUUCUCAUCAAGAUAGCGGAGAAAAUGGUCGAAACCUUUGAUCAGCCGGAUUCGCAGUCUAUCAAGGAUUUUUGGAUGAGGGCAGUGCACACAGAGGGAGCAAAUAGCUCGCGUAGAGUCGAGACACUUUCUGGAUGGCUCACAGCCUUCUGCUAUUGGAAUGAAAAGGGUACCAAGACCAAUCAACGCGGAGACAAAGAGAAAGUCAUGUCCUCUGGAGAGGAAAUUGACAACUGGAGACUUGUGGUUGAUGGCGUCGCUUUCCCUAUAAUAGCUGCUCGUGAUGUUCCUCGGGCCACGGCUGAAGUGCCAGUUACGGUCUUGGAUUACGGAACUCAUACCCGUUACGAUACGACAGUAAUCGCGGGCUUUGUGGGAGUGGAAUCGACGGCGAGUAAAAAAGGAGAGCCAAAUGACACCGUUCAGCCACGAGCCGGCUAUUGGGUGCUAAUCGAUGAGGCUAGGCCAAUGCCAUAA